AUGUUCAAACUGCAAACCUGUUCAAAUCAACCCAUUGAGGAAGAACCCACUGUCGAGUUAACCGACUCAGAUGAUGGUGACGGAGAGGACCCAGAAGAGGCUGCAAGUGGCUUCUCUCCUGAAGCUCAGGAUGGGAAAAUUGUAGCUCAGGGUGGAAGCCAUGUCUCAGCUCCAACUGUGACACACAGUACUGUUCAGGGAAACAUCAGCAUCAACAAUCAUUAUCAUGACCAUAUCUCAAAAAUAAAUGAAUACAAGAUGUCCAUCUGCUCCACAUAUAAAAAAGUGAAGGAGUAUAACUCUGGACCUGGUGAGAAUGUGCUUCUGGCUGACCGCUACACUGAGCUGCUGAUCGUUGAGAGAAACAGAAAGCAGAGAGAAAGAGAGGAGGAGAUCCGUUGUAGAGGAGAACAUCACCAGCAGGUCUUAAAAACCAGGGCCAGUGAAGCGUACAGCAUAAUCACCAUUGACCAGUUGUUCAAACCCGAUGACGGUGGAGAUGUUCCUAAGGCAGUCAUUCUGCAGGGCCACUCUGGACAUGGCAAAUCCUUCACUGCUCAGAAGGUCAUGUACGACUGGGCCUCAGGAAAAGUAUUCAAAGACCUGUCCCACCUUGUUCUUCACCUUAAAUGCAAAGAGCUUAAUGAAAUAUCAGAGGCACACAGUCUGGUGGAUCUCCUGAGCUACUGUCCAAGCUUCACCAGUGAGACAGCAGAGGUGCUGAAGGACUCAAAAAUGAAAGUGCUCUUCCUCAUUGAUGGCUUUGAUGAGCUCAAGUUCUCAUUUGAGAAAACUAGCACGGUGCCAAUUAAAGACCCUCUCACAAAAGCUCCUGUUGAGGCCACUCUGGGUGCUCUGCUGAAGGGGACUCUCCUGCCUAAGUGCUUCUUACUGGUCACCACCAGGUCCACUGCUUCAGACAAACUGAGCAAGCUGCUCAGUGAUUCUCAGCGUUUCACUGACAUCCUAGGCUUCACUAAGGAGGGGGUGCAGGAGUACUUCCAGAGGUUUUUCAAAGAAGAACUGCAAGCAAAGAAAGCAUUCGACUGUGUGAGGACCAACGAGACUUUGUACACUGCUUGCUUCAUCCCCGUCAUCUGCUGGAUCACCUGCACAGUUUUCAUGGAGCAACAAGAAGAAGGCAUGGACAUCACUAAGGAUCUAGAAACAACCACCUCUAUAUUUGUGCACUUUGUGUCCAUUCUGCUGAAGCAUCACUGCCAGGGUUUGAGUCAGCCUGAAACACUGCUGAGGAGCCUGGGCCAGCUGGCAGAGAGAGGGUUACAGGAACAUCAGGUUCUAUUUGAUGAGAAGAGUUUGUCUGAGGCUUUCCCUGAUCCAUCACAAGCAACCAAAUACAAUCCUUUCCUCUGCAAAUUCUUGCUAAGGAGAAAAGUCAAACAGGAAAGAAUGUACAGUUUCAUGCAUUUGAGCUUCCAGGAGUUCUUCGCUGCUUGCCAGUACCUGAUGUUGGAGAAUGAGGAAGAGGCACUUAACAAACUUCAGGAGAUGUUUAGAAACGUCGAACAUUUUAAAGCUGUUGUUCAAUUCCUUUUUGGGCUUUCAAACAGAGACAUUUACCCACACCUGAAAAAGCAGUCCUGGGCAUUCAUAAAAGCUUAUCUGCAGGAGUGGCUUCUGAGAGUUUUGGAAAAGCACAGAAUGAAUCAAGAAGAUAUGCUGCAUAUACUUCAUUGCCUCUAUGAGCUCCAUGAGGAGGAGUUUGUAAGGAGAGCCAUGGGAGUCUGGGGUGAGGUGAAGUUUGGCUACAAUCCCCUGACGAGGACAGACUGCUGGGUGCUGCUGUACUGCCUGCAGUGUUGCCUGACCAUCAGAAGCCUGAAGCUCCAUGAGGGCAACAACAUAACAGCAGAGAAGCUGAGGAUGCUGCAGCCUGCACUGAGCAGGUGUGAGGAGCUGGGGUUAACUGCGGAGAACCUGUCAGAUGUUGAUGUUGUUGACCUGAUCUCAGCUCUGGGGGAGGGGAAGAUCCUGACUGAACUGAGUGUGGUAUACAGCAGCCUCUCAUCUGAGAGUGUGGAGCAGGUCCUCAGUGCUCUCUCCAGGCAAAAGUCUGUGGGUGAAGUCCAUUUGUCUGGGACGACCAUCACUGUCACCACUGCAACCCUGUGCUUGGACUUCAUUCAGAACACAGAGACGUGCCGUCACCUGAAGUUACAUAUGGAGAGCCUGUCAGAUGCUGAUGUUGUUGACCUGAUCUCAGCUCUGGGAGAGGGAAGAAUCCUGACUGGACUGAGCAUGGAAGAGAGCAGCCUCUCACCUGAGAGUGUGGAGCAGGCCCUCAGUGCUCUCUCCAGGCAAAAGUCUGUGGAUAACGUCUAUCUGUCUGUGACAACCAUCACUGGCACCACUGCAGCCCUGUGUUUGGACUUCAUUCAAAAUAUAGAGACGUGCCGUCACCUGAGGCUUGAGGAUAAUUCAAGUCCACCAUCCUUUCUCUAUGUGAUAAAGGACUCCAGAGGCCUCAGAGUGGCAAAGAGCAGCCUUUCACCUGAGAGUGUGGAGCAGGUCCUCAGUGUUCUCUCCAGGCGAAAGUGUGUGGGUGAAGUCCAUCUGUCUGUAACAACCAUCACUGGCACCACCGCAGCCCUGUGCUUCGACUUUAUUCAGAACACAGAGACGUGCCGUCACCUGAGUUUAACUGUGGAGAACCUGUCAGAUGCUGAUGUUGUUGACCUGAUCUCAGCUCUGGGGGAGGGAAAGAUCCUGACUUAUCUGAGCAGCCUCUCACCUGAGAGUGUGGAGCAGGUCCUCAGCGCUAUCUCCAGGCAAAAGUCUGUGGAUAACGUCUAUCUGUCUGUGACGACCAUCACUGGAACCACCGCAGUCCUGUGCUUGGACUUCAUUCAGAACACAGAGACGUGCCGCCACCUGACGCUUGAGCUUAUUUCAUGGUCACCAUCCUUUCUCUCUGUGAAAAAAGACUCCAGUGGCCUCAGUUUAACUGUGGAGAACCUGUCAGAUGCUGAUGUUGUUGACCUGAUCUCAGCUCUGGGAGAGGGAAAGAUCCUGACUUAUCUGAGCGUGGAAAAGAGCCGCCUCUCACCUGAUAGUGUGGAGCAGUUCCUCAGUGCUUCCUCGGGACUAAUGUCUGUGGAUGACAUCUAUCUGUCUGUGACGACCAUCACUGGCACCACCGCAGCCCUGUGCUUGGACUUCAUUCAGAACACAGAGAAGUGCCAUCACCUGACGAUAACUGUGGAGAGGCUGUCAGAUGAUGAUGUUGUUGACCUGAUCUCAGGUCUGGGGGAGGGAGAGAUCCUGACUGAACCGAGGACUGAAUCCAGUUUCUACCAAGUUUAG